AUGACGAGUCGUUAUAACAAUGCAUUAGGUCGGCAAUCUGAAGGGUUUGGUGAUCAUUUAUGUCCAGUAGAAUGUAUAACCAAAUUGCUGUUAUUUAUUGCCAUCGUCGUCGUAAUACUGCUUUCUUUCCAGUACAUACCUCUAGGGAAAUUCCACCUAAAAUGCGACCCUGAAUGUUGCAACAGCGCGAAACCACCACCACCUCCAAAAGAGAUGCACAGCAGUACCAUGUGUUGCCUCUGCGAUGUGUACCAAAGGCUGUUACAAGUUGGGCAAGUCUCAUUGGAAGUGGUGGAAUUGUUUCUGUGCGCAUCUGUAAAAGUUAUGUAUUCAGUCAAGUUGAGGUUCUAUGAAGUGUUGGAUAUGCUGGAUAGAGGUGACCUCCGUCGGUCGGUGUGUCGCAAAAUCGAAGAUGUACUGGAACCUUGUCUGGAACCUAUCUCCAAAGUUCCUGAUUCAGAGACCACUGGACCUACUCCAUGUUGUAAAGAAAAGGUAAUCUGCAAGUGCGACAAACCAGAAAAAGUAACUUGUGGAUGCAAAACUGAGAAAGUGAUUUGUGAGUGUGGCACGUGCCCCUGUUGA